AUGCGUCCCGACGCUAUCUCCGUUCUCGCAGCCUUCCUCGCUGUAGGCGGCCUUGAGCUCGUCGCAGCUCAAGAUGCCCCCGAAGCGCACGUUCAGCGACCCCGUUGGUACUUCCCGCAGGAAGUCAAGCGAACGAUUCGCAGAAACGCUGAGCCUGAACCUGGUUCGAUUAUCGACAGCGUAUUCGACAACUUGAUUCCUACCCAGGUUUCUUCAUCCACGGCUACUCCCACCCCCGAACCCUCAGUCGCCGCUCAGCCGCAGAAAGGACAGGAAGUGGUUGUUGUGACUAUCUCGAUCGAUCCCAAGAACCCCGAGAUCACCCACCGCAUUACUGGUACUACGACCAUUGGCGGGGAACCGACUGGUACCACUACUACGACUACGCAGAAGACAGAGGGUUCGAGCACCGAGAACACCAGUAAGAAGAGCUCGGAGGCCGCAUCUACCGAUGCGGGCACCACGAGCAAGCAAGGCUCGGUGGUCGACUCAUCAGCCAAGGCUUCGACCCCUGCUUCGACUACAACCUCUAGUGAUGGACUCCUUGGUGAUUUAGGCUCAGGUGUGGGCAACCUUCUCGGAGGUGAUUCCACAUCCUCGACGGCGACCACAUCUUCGGCUGCGACUCCUGCCUCCGACUCAUCAGCCAAGGCUUCGACUCCUGCUUCGACUGCAACUUCUAGUGAUGGACUCCUUGGUGAUUUAGGCUCGGGUGUGGGCAACCUUCUCGGAGGUGAUUCCACAUCCUCGACGGCGAUCACAUCUUCGGCUGCUGCUAUGUCCUCGGCUGCGACUCCUGCCUCUGACUCAGCGGCCAAGGUAACUUCGCCUGCUUCAUCUACUUCUGCUGCAUCCUCCAGCGACGGUCUCAUUGGUGACCUGAACUCAGGAUUGGGUGGCCUUCUCGGCGAGUCAACAACCAACAGCUCCGUUUCUGCACCCACUGGCUCUAGCGCGAACAAGAUCAGCAGCGCGGCCUCCAGCACGACAAGCUCGGGAUCUGAUCUCUCUGACCUUUUGGGCCUGGGUGACAAGUCUUCCACUGACAACAGCACAAGUAAUCCUAUGUCCUCGGACGCUUCUAGUUUGCCUAUUAUCCCAAUCAGCGUGCCUGCUUCGGCUACUAGCUUACCAUCAACCGUCCCCACCCCCGCUGGCACUACAACUUCUGGCGAUUUCGUCGGCAGUCUCGUGUCAGGCGUGGAUUCGCUGCUUGGUGUUACCUCUACUGGUACUGGUAGCACUGCUUUGAUUCCGACUGCGUCUGUGCCAAACGGUAGUCUUCUGCCGUCCAAGUCGACUGGUCUCAUUCCUGGCCAGGGAGGUACCAACACCGGCGCCAUCCCCACUCCGACCAAGUCCCUGCCAUCAGUUCCCGUCCCACACUCGCCCGGCUCUGAUUCUACGUCUACUUCUGGAUCCGAAAAUGUCUCUGGUUCUAACACCGCCUCGGCUCCUUUGUUGGGCACUACCACCGCCUCUGUUCCCGGUAGUGGCUCUCACGAGAGCUCCAAGGUGCCCAACCCCACCUCUCACCCAGUUUCCACCCCUCUUACCUCGUCGACUUCGACGAGCGAAGAAGCGAGCACGACCAAGACCACUGUGGAGCCUCAGACCCCGACCGAGACGCCUACGCCCUCGACCUCCAACGACAACGACUGGAUGCCAUCGACCAUCCUUAUAGUGCCUACCGCCACUGCCACGGAGAGCUCGACCUCCGGUGAGACUGCGAAGCCCACGGCACCACCAUCGCUCCCUGGGUCUAUCACCCCAUCGAACGAGGUCACGGAGCCCCCAUCUGACUCCAUCUUGCUUCAGCUUGGUUUCAACAGCCAGCUGCCUUGGUCAUUUGUUGCAACCACUCCCUUGUCGUCGUCGCAGAUCUUCAACUACACCCCUCAGGCUAUUGAGAACGCUUUGCCAACCCUCUCUGCUAAGGACGGCCCAGUUAUGUUCGCUAUUGAGCCUUACUAUAACUGGCAGUCCACGGGCUACAACGCCACCCUUGCUAUCUUCUACUUCCCUCGUGACAAGGUCGAUGCCCUGAAAGCGCUUAAGGUUAACCCCAACUCUGCUCUCUACAACCAGGAUAGUGAAUCUAUCCAGUCAUUGAUGACAAUGGUUGACCCUACAAUUCCCCUCGAGUUCUCUGGAAACUACCCUAGUGGUGACAGCGAUCCAACUGGCGCUAACAACCGCGACGGUAGCGAUGAUGGCCCGGACAGUGGCAACAACGACAACACCGAUGGCUCUGCCGGCAGCUCCAAGGCUAAGGCUAGCUCUGUUGGAAUCGGAGUCGGUGUUGUAGCCGGUGCUGCCGCUUACGGUGCGGGUAUGUUCUGGGUUGCCCGCCGCUACCGCAAGAGAAAGCAGUUGCACCAGCGCUCUAGCUCGACCGUUGAGCAGAUGAGCCAGGGAGGUUCCGCUGCUGGUUCAAUGUUUGCUGCCGGUGGCCGCGCCCCCAGCCAUGGUAGCCGUGGAACUGCUCGUUCACAGAUGAUUAGCGCUCCCGUUAUGGCGGAAAACUCUUUGGGAUGGAACUAG